UCCAUUGAGCUUGUACGCGGAAUACAAAACGUGGACAUGUCUCGUUUCGUCUUAAGUAAGUAACACUAAUUGUCGUAAAUGGUUAGUAAUUAAAGCCCUUAAGUUAUUAACUGAUUUAAAAAAAGAAAGAGAGAGAAAGGCGUUUCAUCAAUGUAUAUAAAUACUCUGUUUUGGAAACAGAACCCAAAAGGGGCAAAAACAAGAAGACGAAUCAGAAAAAUGCAGAGAAUCAAGACAUCGCUCUCGUGUCUCUGUCUCAUCACGACGCUCCUCCUACUCACCGCCGCAGAUUCCACGGAAGACACGGCGGUGCGGCUAAAAUUAGCACACCGGGACACUCUCUGGCCGAAUCCUCUCAGCCGCAUUGAGGACAUUAUCGGUGCCGACCAGAAGCGUCAUAGUUUGAUAUCUAGGAAACGUAAGUUCAAAGGAGGAGUGAAAAUGGAUUUGGGAUCAGGGAUUGAUUACGGAACGGCGCAGUAUUUCACGGAGGUUAGAGUUGGAACUCCGGCGAAGAAGUUUAGAGUGGUGGUUGAUACAGGAAGCGAGCUUACUUGGGUGAAUUGUAGAUACCGUGGGAGAGGCAAAGGUAAAGUUAAGAAUCGGAGAGUGUUUAGAGCUGAAGAAUCUAAAAGUUUUAAAACUGUUGGAUGCUUUACUCAGACUUGUAAAGUUGAUUUGAUGAAUCUUUUCUCACUCUCUACUUGUCCUACUCCUUCCACUCCUUGCUCCUAUGAUUACAGAGAACUCUUUGGGGUGGCAUGGAUUAGAUGCAAGUGUAUUGUAAGGGAGGGUGAAAUUAAAUAUAUGCGGAUGGGUCAGCAGCACAAGGCGUAUUCGCAAAGGAGACUAUCACAGUUGGUCUCACAAAUGGUCGUAAGGCUAGACUCCGCGGUCUCCUCGUUGGUUGUAGUAGUUCAUUUAGUGGACAGAGCUUUCAAGGAGCCGAUGGGGUUCUUGGUUUAGCCUUUAGCGAUUUCUCUUUCACUUCCACAGCCACUAGUCUCUUCGGUGCGAAAUUGUCCUACUGCCUCGUUGAUCACCUCUCCAACAAAAACAUCUCCAACUAUCUCAUUUUCGGUUAUUCCUCCUCCUCCACCUCCACCAAAACCGCCCCCGGACGAACCACCCCGCUUGAUCUCACUCUCAUCCCACCCUUCUACGCAAUCAACAUCAUUGGAAUCUCCAUCGGAGACGACAUGCUAGAUAUCCCCACUCAAGUAUGGGACGCAACUACCGGUGGUGGGACUAUCUUGGACUCAGGAACUAGCCUCACGCUAUUGGCUGAAGCCGCGUACAAACCGGUGGUUACAGGGCUCGCACGUUACCUUGUUGAGUUGAAAAGAGUCAAGCCAGAAGGAAUACCAAUUGAGUACUGUUUUAGUUCCACGUCCGGGUUCAACGAGAGCAAGUUACCGCAGCUGACGUUUCAUUUAAAAGGCGGUGCACGAUUUGAGCCGCAUCGUAAAAGUUACCUAGUAGAUGCAGCGCCUGGAGUCAAGUGUUUAGGAUUUAUGUCAGCGGGAACGCCGGCGACUAAUGUGGUCGGGAAUAUAAUGCAGCAGAAUUAUUUGUGGGAGUUUGAUCUUAUGGCCUCAACUUUGUCUUUUGCUCCUUCUACUUGCACUUAGCUGUCUUAUCCAUCUCUCUUCUGUUUAUUAUUACUUUGAUUGAUUGGAAUAUAUAUAUAUAUUGUUUUGUUAGUGAAUGAA